AAAUUUAGAUUAUUUUCAAGACGAAAACAUUGCCAUGUGACAAUCAUGUUUUAUGGUUAAAAGUCGUAUUACGAAAGCAGAACAAUGAAAUUUGCAUACAAAUUUUCUAACUUGUUAGGAUCUGUUUACAGAAAGGGUAAUGUUCUUUUUACCCCUGAUGGCAACAGUGUCAUCAGUCCUGUGGGAAAUCGUAUCUCCAUAUUUGAUCUUAGAAAUAACAAGUCAGAAACAUUGCCAAUAGAAACACAGAUGAACAUAACAUGUAUGGCUCUAUCUCCAGAUGGUUACACGCUCAUUGUAGUCAAUGACAGUGGUGAAGCCCUGUUAUGUAGUUUAAUAAGUAAAUCAGUUUUACACUCCUACCACUUCCACAGACCCAUUCAUCAGAUCAAGUUCAGUCCUGACGGCAAGAAGUUUGCUGUCACCAGAGAAGAUAAAAUCAUGUUAUUCCAUGCUCCUGGGAAGACCAGAGAAUUUAAUCCUUUUGUGUUACAGAGGACGUUUUAUGGAGCCUAUGAUGAGACAGUCUGCAUUGAUUGGACGACUGAUUCUAGGGUGUUAUGUGUGGGAUCUAAAGAUAUGAACACUAGAGUGUAUGGCGCACAACACUUCAAAAACCUAGUGGUCUAUUCCAUGGGUGGACACAGAGAUGCCAUUGUAGGAUCAUUCUUUGAAGCCAAUUCUUUAGAUCUGUACAGUUUAAGUCAGUGUGGACAUCUAUGUGUAUAUGAAUGUGAUACUGAUUUAGAUGGACUCAUACCAUAUAAACCUACACGUACCGAGGAACAAGAAGACAAUAAAGAUACAACGGUAUCAAAGACAGAUGAAAACACAGAAGGAAAAGUCAUAUAUAAAAGAUUAGCAAAGCAUUCCUUCAAAGAUUGUCGGCCUGAAGGUUCAUCAUAUCCCAGGGUUACCAGUGUGGAUUACCACAAGUCUACACAUAUACUAGUUACAGGGUUCUUAGAUGGCUCCUUUUUCUUACAUGAGAUGCCAGACUUCAACCUUAUUCACUCUCUAAACAUAUCUGAGCAGAGUAUAGCAUCAGUAAGAUUUAACAACACAGGUGACUGGAUAGCUCUGGCUUGUUCAGGUCUAGGACAGCUACUGGUUUGGGAAUGGCAAAGUGAGACCUAUGUCCUUAAACAACAAGGACAUUUCAAUAACAUGACCUGCCUUGCCUACUCACCUGAUGGACAACAUCUGGUUACUGGUGGUGAUGAUGCUAAGGUAAAAGUAUGGAACACCUCUAGUGGUUUCUGUUUUGUCACAUUUAAUGAACAUUUAGGAGGGGUGACGGGAGUAAUCUUUACACAGAAUGGACAGGUGGUGUUAACUUCAUCGUUAGAUGGUACAGUUAGAGCUUUUGAUCUCAACAGGUAUCGUAACUUCCGUACAUUUACUUCACCAAGACCUGUACAGUUUUCAUGUAUAACAGUAGACAACAGUGGAGACAUAGUUUGUGCCGGUGGGUUAGACGUGUUUGAAAUAUUUGUGUGGUCAAUGCAAACAGGGAGAUUGUUGGAGGUACUUGCAGGACAUGAAGGGCCAGUUAGCUCCCUUAGCUUCAGUCCAAAACAAUCAUUAUUAGCUAGUGGAUCAUGGGAUAAGUCAGUCAAACUUUGGGAUGUAUUUGAGAAUAAAGGAGCAAAGGAAAAUAUUAUUGUCAAUUCAGAUGUGUUAGCUGUUGUGUUCAGACCGGAUGGAGAGGAGAUUGCAGUGUCAACAUUAGAUGCACAGAUAACUUUCUGGAAUACACAGAAUGUAGUACAAACAGGCUCAUUAGAGGGAAGACAUGAUUUAGGUUACAGUAGGAAAGAAAUGGAUAAGAUCACUGCCAAGAAAGCUUCUUUUGGGAAAGCUUUUAAUACAAUAUGUUACUCUGCUGAUGGUAAAUGUCUCCUUGCCGCUGGUCGGUCAAAGAAUGUGUGUAUAUACUCCAUCCAGGAUCAGAUACUGAUGAAAAAGUUUGAGAUCUCCUGUAACAUGUCUUUUGAUGGGAUGGAGGAAUUUUUAGAUAAAAAGAAAAUGACAGAGUGGGGAAGUUUGUCAUUGGUAGAUCAAGGAGAGGGAGACGAACAAGGUCAAUCCCUCAGUUUACCAGGGGUCAAGAAAGGGGACAUGAGUUCUCGACACUGGAAACCAGAAGUGAGAGUGUCAUGUAUAAGGUUCUCACCUACAGGCAGAUCCUGGGCAGCAACUACAACAGAAGGAAUGCUAAUAUACUCAUUAGACCAGAACCUGGUCUUUGACCCCUAUGACCUUGAAAUAGAAAUUACACCUGUGAACGUGAGGAAGAAGUUGUUUGAAAAAGAAUACUCUACAGCACUUAUACUUAGCUUUAGACUGAAUGAAAGCAAAUUAAUACAAGAAGUAUUAGAAUCUAUACCAUAUUCUGACAUUGAUGUUAUUAGUGAGAAUCUCCCAGAGAUAUAUGUAGAUAAACUGUUAAAUUAUCUGGCAUCAGGAAUAGAAUCAUCAGCACAUAUACAAUUCUAUCUCAAAUGGACAAAUAAACUUCUAAUGUGUCAUGGACCUAAACUAAAACAAAGAUCACAGAAAGUUAUGACAACACUUAGAGCAAUGCAGAAAAAUAUAACUAGAAAAUAUGAUGAUAUUGGAAAAUUAUGUGAUCAUAAUAGAUACAGUAUGGAAUAUAUAAUAGCUUUGUCAAAAUCUAAAAGAAAACACACAGAUGAUGCAGAUGACAAUGAAUCUAAUAGUGAGGCUUCAAGGUCGGAUGAUGGAGAAGGUUUAGAGGAAGUUGGAGAUGCAUCAUCAGAAGAUGAAAAUUUUAUGUCAAAUUUCAUGGAUACUGAAUAAAUAAAAAUAGCAAUU